ACCCCACCCUUUUGUUAAUCCCAAAAGUCUUCUUCUACAAAAUCCCUCUAAUUCAACCCUAAUAUUUCACACAAACACAAGAUUAAAGUUUUCUCCAUCUCUUUUCUCUCAAAUUCUAUUCUUUUUAUUAGUUAUUCCAUAUUCGAUCACAUCGCUCUCUGGUCCAAAAUCUCAUUUAUGUGAUUAUCAUCCGCCACUCAAGAAAAAUGUCACUUCCAAAACAUGGCCAUAGAUUUUUCAAGUUUAGAAUCCCAUCAAUUAUAUUUGUUGUCAAAAAGUACCCCACUUUUUAAAAUUCCUAUUGAAAAGUUGUUGUCUACUUUAAUUUAGUUAUAUUCCCUUGAUUUGUUGAUUGCAUCCUCACCUCUUAUAGUGCUUUUUCUUUUGUGUUAGACUUAUUCCAAAUGAUUUGUGGGGAUUACGAGUUUUCACGUGAAGUUGUAGCCAUGUCUUGGAUUAUGCUAAGGAUUGAUUACUCAAGGCUCUUUUGGUUAUUAUUUGGCGUUUUCUCUUAUGAAAAUCAUGAAGGAAAGCCUCGGAUUCAAUAGCAUUAGCUUAUCUAUUAUCUUUUUAAUUACAUCAAGAGAAACUACAUUAGUUUUGUGUUUUUGUUCUAAUAAAGUUUAGUGAUAAUCAUAUAUAUAUAGAGAGAGAGAGAAAGUAGUUGCUUGUUAAAUAUAUUUUGUUGGAGUUGUUUGCUUCUUUGUGUAUGUAUAAGGAUUUGGUUGAACAUGCUUAAAGUUGGGAUGAAUGAAAUGCUUGAUGUUAAUGGAACAAAUUUGGAGUUGGAGUAUGUGGAAGUGGAUUCAUCUAAACGCUAUGGACGUUACAAAGAGAUCCUUGGGAAAGGAGCAACCAAGAUAGUAUACAGAGCAUUUGAUGAGUUACUAGGAAUGGAAGUAGCUUGGAACCAAGUGAAACUCAAUGACAUGUUUAGGUCACCUGAAGAAUUACAAAGGCUCUACUCAGAAGUCCAUCUCCUCAAAGAACUUGAUCAUGAAGCCAUCAUGAAAUUCCAUGCAUCUUGGAUCAAUGUUGAAGGCAGAACCUUCAACUUCAUUACUGAAAUGUUUACCUCUGGCACCCUUAGAGAGUAUAGACACAAAUACAAGCGAUUAAACAUACACGCAAUUAAGAAUUGGGGAUGUCAAAUCCUUAAUGGUCUUGCUUAUUUGCAUUGUCAUGAUCCUCCAGUUAUACAUCGAGAUCUCAAGUGCGACAACAUCUUUGUAAAUGGACAUCUUGGCCAAGUCAAAAUUGGUGAUUUAGGAUUAGCAACCAUACUCUGUGGAUCACACCAUGCUCAUAGUGUCAUAGGUACUCCUGAGUUUAUGGCACCAGAACUAUAUGAAGAGGAUUAUGAUGAACUCGUUGACGUAUACUCUUUUGGGAUGUGUGUGUUAGAAAUGCUCACUUCCGAGUAUCCUUAUAGUGAAUGUUCAAAUCCAGCUCAAAUAUACAAGAAAGUCACCUCAGGAAAGCUACCAAAAGCGUUUUACAAGAUAAAUGAUCCAGAAGCCCAAAGAUUUGUUGGAAGAUGUUUGAGUCCUGUUUCUGAAAGGCCAUCUGCUUCUGAGCUAUUAAGGGAUCCAUUCCUUGCUGUUGAUGAACAUGAAGAUUUACCUCCAGCCAUAAAUUUGUCAUGUCAAAAGUAUAUGCCAAACGAAAAACAGAAUGAAAUUAUACCUUUUCAGCCUGAUGAUUCAGUACUAGAUGGUACAAACAUGACAAUCACCGGAACAAUGAAUCCUGAAGAUUAUACCAUCUUUCUCAAAGUACAAAUAUUUCAAAAGAAUGGGCAAGCGAGGAACAUAUUUUUCCCUUUCGACAUUUCUAGUGACACAGCAAUGGAAGUGGCUGCAGAAAUGGUGAAGGAGUUGGACAUAACAGAUUGGGAUCCUCUUCAAAUUGCUGAUAUGAUUGACACUGAGAUUUCUGAUCUGAUUCCAGAAUGGAAGAACUCGCGCUCUCUUCAGAAUUAUGAACAACAACAUAGUUUCAACUACGUAGAAAACGAUGAUAAUGAUGAUGAUGAUGAAAACACUCCCCAUCCUUUCUAUUACAAUUCCUCCCACUCUUCUUCCCAACUUUCUCUACCUGGUCUCCUCCCUUCAUAUAAGUCCACAUUCCAUCAAGGGAAAUUAGACCAUGAUUGGCUUCAAGAUGAGUUGAAAUUGUAUGAUGAUUCAAGUUCUCAAUGCUCGAUGAACUCAUACGAGUCCUACAACAACGUAAACUUUCAUGAAAAUGAUGCUGAUUGUAUGAGUUCCAAGAAAGCAGAAUCUCAGUGUACUCAGCAGAUAAGCAAAUGUAGUACAAGGUUUUGUCCUGAAACAAGCUUGUUGUCGAAGAAUCAGAACACAAUGCAAAUGAAUAAUCAACGCCCAAAAUUGACGAAGGUACGGUCACUUGUUGAUAUACGUAGUCAAUUGCUGCAUCGUUCUCUUGUAGAAGAGAUAAACAAGAGGAGAUUGUUCAAGACCGUUGGUGCUGUUGAGAAUAUUGGCUAUCAUGAACCUGGGAUCGGAAAUGGCCAUGGCUUAGGUUGGUGACGCUCAUUGCACUUUACAGGAUGAUCGUACAAGGUUUGAAAUCGUUAAAGUCUAAUAAAACGAACAAAAUGAUCUCGCUCUUUCUUUCUUUCUCCUUGUUUAUGCAUUUGUCAAGUACCUUGGUACUUAAAACUCCGAAAAUAAAUUACUCAUCGUGUGAUUGUAAAAUAUUA